AUGGGCGCCAUCAACCUCGCAGAAUGGCAGAAGCUGCCCAUAAGCCUCUCCGAACUAUGCAUCAAUACCACACUCCGCUGCGGACAGUCCUUCAGAUGGCGCAAGAACGACGCCGGCGUCUGGUCUAUGGCCUUGCAUAACCGCAUCCUGUCACUCCACCAAGAUCCGGAAUAUCUGUACUACCGCUCAAUACCACCCUCGACACUCCAAACACCGCUCACACCCCCAGCGUCUCAUCCGCCUUCGGAGUCUGAGAAUACCGACGACGAGACACUCGAGCUGAUCAAGCACUACUUCAACCUCUCCCCAAACCUGUCUGAUCUCUACGCCCAGUGGUCCUCCGCGGACGCCAACUUCGCAAAGAAAGCACCCAAGUUCACGGGCAUACGCAUCCUCAAGCAAGACGCAUGGGAGGCGUUGGUCGGCUUCAUCUGCAGUAGCAACAACAACAUCAUACGGAUAUCGCAGAUGAUCCACAAGCUCUGCGUGAAUUACGGCCCUCUCCUCGGCCAUUUGGAUGGAGAAGCAUACCAUGACUUCCCGCCCCCGCAGGCGCUGGCUGGGAAGGAUGUGGAGUCGAAUCUGCGGUCCUUAGGAUUCGGCUACCGGGCGAAGUACCUACACCAGACUGCUCAGAUGGUCUCCUCGAAACCGGACGGCUGGCUCGACUCACUACGAAACCCUGAAUCACCCAUCCUAGGUGCCAAAACCGCUUCCGCUGGCGAAUGGUCUCCGUCUGGUCGUGAAGGCUAUCGGGCUGCUCACGCAGAGUUACUGGCGCUUCAAGGGGUGGGUCCCAAGGUCGCGGACUGCGUGGCCCUGAUGGGUCUGGGCUGGGGUGAGGCCGUGCCUGUUGAUACGCACGUAUGGCAAAUCGUACAGCGAGACUACAAGUUUGGCAAAGGCAGGCAUGCGAGUCUGACAAAGGACACGUACGACGCGAUUGGGAAUAAGUUCCGGGAUCUGUGGGGUCAGGAGGCAGGCUGGGCGCAGAGUGUGUUGUUCACGGCGAAUUUGAAAGCUUUCACGGAGAGACUGGUGGCGAAGAAGGAGGAGGUGGUCGAAGAUGUGGAGAUCAAGGUUGAGCAGGAUGGUGAAGAGGUAGUGCAGGAUGUCGUGAAGGAGGAGAAGAUGGUUGAGAAGGGCGUCAAGCGGCCGCUGGAAGAGGAUGACGAGAAGAAGGUCGUUGAGAUCUCCGAGAGGGUGAAGACGAGGAGGCGGAGGAAGGCUUCGUGA